CAGUUUUUAUUGUUGUUGACGUUGACAUGACGUCACAUCCUGUUUGUGCGCUAGUGAGGAGCUGAAGGCCUGAAGCCUAAAAAAACUCUAAAGAAGGUUGAUAAAGUAAAACUUAGAGCAGAACGGCGUGGAGGAGUGUUGAGCUGUGGUGCUGUGUGCACAUGUGUGUCUUUGUUGCUGGUUGUGUUCACUCAUCUCACAGUUGCCUGCUGAUCCUCGACACCUUCGCUCACAAUUGUGCACACAGUGACACACAGACGCACACUGAGACACACACAAACACAGCAUGAAUGAGGUUAGCGUGGUCAGAGAAGGUUGGCUCCACAAGAGAGGUGAAUACAUUAAGACAUGGAGGCCGCGGUAUUUUAUCCUAAAGAGUGAUGGGUCAUUUAUCGGUUACAAGGAGAAACCUGAUGUGUCCGAUCCCAACAUGCCCCCACUCAACAACUUUUCUGUAGCAGAAUGCCAGCUGAUGAAGACCGAGCGGCCACGUCCCAAUACCUUUGUAAUUCGCUGCCUUCAGUGGACGACGGUUAUUGAGAGAACGUUCCACGUGGACAGUAAUGCUGAGAGGGAGGAGUGGAUUCGGGCAAUUCAGGCUGUAGCAAAUGGACUGAAGACGCGAGAGGAGGAGGAACCGAUGGACAUUAACUUCAGUUCAUCAGGAGACAGCAGCAUGGAGACAUCUUCAGGAAAAUCACGCAGCAAAGUGACAAUGAGUGACUUUGACUACCUGAAGCUGCUGGGUAAGGGCACAUUUGGGAAAGUGAUCCUGGUCAGAGAGAAAGCAACAGGUGUGCAUUAUGCCAUGAAGAUUCUGAGGAAGGAGGUCAUCAUUGCUAAGGAUGAGGUGGCACACACGGUCACAGAGAGCCGGGUGUUGCAGAACACCAGACACCCCUUCCUUACGACACUAAAGUAUGCGUUCCAAACACACGACCGACUCUGCUUUGUCAUGGAGUAUGCUAACGGAGGCGAGCUUUUUUUCCACUUGUCCCGUGAACGCGUUUUCACGGAAGAUCGAGCACAGUUUUAUGGAGCAGAAAUCGUUUCUGCGCUUGAGUAUCUGCACUCACGAGACGUGGUCUACCGAGACCUGAAGCUGGAGAAUCUUAUGCUGGAUAAGGAUGGACACAUUAAAAUCACAGAUUUUGGUUUGUGUAAGGAGGGAAUUACCAAUGAAGCCACCAUGAAGACUUUCUGUGGAACUCCAGAGUACCUUGCACCCGAGGUACUGGAGGAUAACGAUUAUGGGCGGGCAGUAGACUGGUGGGGUUUGGGUGUGGUCAUGUACGAAAUGAUGUGCGGUCGACUGCCUUUCUAUAAUCAGGACCACGAGCGGCUGUUUGAGCUUAUCCUAAUGGAAGAGAUCAGAUUUCCCCGGAACCUGUCACCUGAUGCCAAAAGCCUUCUCGCUGGCUUGCUCAAGAAAGACCCGAAACAAAGGUUGGGAGGAGGUUGUGAAGACGCCAAAGAAGUGAUGAAUCACAAGUUUUUCUCCUCCAUCAACUGGCAGGAUGUACUGCAGAAAAAGCUCACGCCUCCUUUCAAGCCUCAGGUAACAUCAGAGACCGACACUCGCUAUUUUGACGAGGAAUUCACUUUGCAGACCAUCACUGUCACACCACCUGACCAGUAUGAUAGUUUGGAUGCGGAGGACUCAGAUGCGCGCACACACUUCCCUCAGUUCUCUUACUCUGCCAGUGUACGGGAGUGAAUGAGAGACCUACACAGACAAACACACACUCACCAGCAAACCAGAUAUCGUUGCAGCACACACAUGUACACACACACAUGCGCACACAAGCACACAUAUUGCCUCACCAGCAACCUGGACACCAUGUUAACACCCAUUCAUACACAAACUGUUACCAGCAAACUGGAAACCGUAUACAUGCACACACGCACACAGUCACCAGCAAAUCAAACAUCAAGGCAAUGUACUUACUGCAGUCAGCAGUCUGUUGACCACUGAAGGCCUCAUUAAGCUGCGCCUGCUCCAGAUUGGUCUUCCUGGCUGUCUGUUACACUACACACUUCACAUCUUUUGAAAAAAAUGAUUCAUUGGCUUAUUGUGUUGAACACCUCAGAAAAAAGCAUAUACUGUACACACACACACACACACACACACACACACACACUUGUAUGCACGUUUUAACCAAGUUUGAACAGAACUAGAACUUCAGAUUGUUACAGUUUUUAAAUACAGGGAAAAAAAUGCACGCAUGAAGCCAUCCUGCAGUGCAAGUGCCCUUUUUAUGCAUUCACUUGUUACUGUGGUGUUUCUACAACACAUACUGCUGAUUGUGUGUGUGCGUGUAUAUUGGUUUUGUGUGUGUGUGUGUGUGUGUGUGUGUGUGUGUGUGUGUGUGUGUGUGUGUGUGUGUGUGUGUGUGUGUGUUUUCUGAAUGUACAUCUUUAACUCUGUGUGUGUGAGUUUUGAUUCGAUUUUGUACAGGAACCAUAAGGGCGGGUGGGUAUGUAUGUGUGUGUGUGUGUGUGUGUGUGUGUGUAUGUAUGUAUAUGUAUGCACACAUACAAAUACAGUAGACGUGUAAAGGGAAAAAAAAGCUCUGUGGAUGAGUGUAUGUGUGGAGUGUGUCCAGUUUGUGCACCUGUAAGGCUGUCAUCACUGUGUAACACAGUACAAGCACUGGGAAGAUGUAGUCUUAGUUUUGUUGCUUAGAGAUACCAGAGGUGUCACUCAGCAGGUGUAGCAGAGGAAUCACUAAACCGUGUUGUGCAAACCUCUGCAGAACUUUGCACAGCUUUGCGUGACCACACCCCACAAAUGCAGCCGACCUCCUGUUGUAAAACACCCAGUCACUCAGCUGUACAAUUCUGCAGGCUUUGAUGUAAAGAGAUUUUUAUUAAAUGAAUUUGAAAUGUGUGGCUCUCA